AUGCCUGAUACAGUGAAAGCGCCCAAGAAGGGCUCCAAGAAAGCCGUCUCUAAGGCCACCAAGAGUGGCAAGAAGAGGAGAACCAAGAGGAAGCAGAGCUACGCCAUCUAUGUCUACAAGGUCCUGAAGCAGGUCCACCCUGAUACUGGGAUCUCCUCUAAGGCCAUGGGCAUCAUGAACUCCUUUGUGAGUGACAUCUUUGAGCGCAUCGCUGGUGAGGCGUCUCGUUUGGCUCACUACAACAAGCGCUCCACCAUCAUCUCCAGGGAGAUCCAGACCGCCGUCCACCUGCUGCUGCCUGGGGAGCUGGCCAAGCACGCCGUGUCUGAGGGCACCAAGGCCGUCACCAAGUACACCAGCUCCAAGUAA